UCAACCGCCCGCAAAUCAUGACUACAAUUCGAAACAUUGCCGUUGUGGGAGGCUCGGGGACUCUGGGGAAGCCCCUUCUCCAGGCAUUGAUCAACUCCAAGGCCUUCAACGUGACGGUCCUGUCACGGAAGUCGUCUACCGCGACCUUCCCUGACGCCGUCAAUGUCGUCCAUGUUGACUACGCUUCCCUGCCCGACCUCACGAAUGCUCUGAAAGGCCAGGAUGCUGUCGUCUCCGUCUUGCCAACGGGCGCCAUUGACACGCAAAUCCCUCUGAUCGAGGCCUCCAUUGCUGCCGGCGUCAAGCGGUUCAUUCCUUCCGACUUUGGCGGCGACAUUGGCAACCCCAAGGCCGCAACCCUGCCCGUCUACCAGCCCAACAUCGCAGUGCACAGGGCCCUGGAAGCGCAGACGCAGGCACACCCAGAAUUCACGUAUACCACCAUCCGCAACGGUGUGCUCCUCGAUUGGAGCAUGGCGCACAACUUCAUCCUCGCCUUUGACUCCGAGACUCCUCCUCUGUUCGACGGGGGCGACCGUCCCUUCAGUGCCUCAAACUUGGCCAGCGUCGGCCAAGCCGUCGUCGGAGUCCUGCGCCACGCCGACGAAACGCGUAACCGCGCCGUGUACGUCCACGACCUCGUCCUCACGCAGAACAAGGUCCUUUCCAUCGCCCGGCAGCUAGCGCCCGAAAGGAAGUGGAACCCGAUCGUUGUAAGCACAACGGACCUGGAGACUCAGUCGCGAGAGAAUUACGCAAAGGGCGUCAUUACCAUGCACUCUUCGAUGGGAUUCCUUAUGCGCGCUGUUUUUGGUGACGGCUACGGUGGCGAAUUUCAGCGUGUUGAUAACGACUUGAUUGGCACUGGGUUCAAGUCUGAUGCCGACCUUGAGGCGUUGGUAAAGGCUGCUUUGGACCACACCCUUGUUCUAGGCUCUUAGACUUGGUCACUUUGAAGCAGGUUGUGUAAAUUGCCGGACCGAAGUGCUAUGAGGUUCUACGAAGGAGCUAGUAUUGGGUAUCCGAACAGCAAAGCCAACCCUAUGAAGUAGAAAGAGAACAAUAAACCACAACACGAUAAUUAUUUUGAAACGUAAACUUGUAGAGAGUCUCGCAUCACACUUGUCUUACUCCCUUUAUUACUCUUCCUAGAGAUUAUCUCAUUUUAUAGUGGUAUAGCACGUACGAUCCAUUUUCGCUGUUCGCUUACCCAAUACUAGCUCCUUCAUAGAGGGCUGGAAGAAUGACGAAGUAUCGGAUUAACAGGAGAAUUUCCUAAUUAUACGGUUUUUCUUAAUCUAAUGGCUAAAAUACAAGCAUUAUUUACCGUAGUUAGAGGUGUAUACUAAAUAACGUCC